UCUUCAGCUGCUCUUCGCGCCCGGCCGGAGCCCGGCGCCCCGUCGCGCUCGGUCUCGAGGGCAUGCGGCAGCCGCAGGGGCCCCGCUCCUGGGCUCGGCUGCGGGGGCGAGCGUGAGCGGAUGUCCAGUUCUUCUCCACAAUGAAUGAGUGUCACUAUGAUAAGCGUAUGGACUUUUUUUAUAAUAGGAGCAACAGUGACACUGCCGAUGAAUGGACGGGGACGAAGCUUGUGAUUGUUUUGUGUUUUGGAACAUUUUUCUGCUUAUUUAUUUUUUUCUCUAACUCUCUGGUCAUUGCAGCAGUGAUCAAAAACAGAAAGUUUCAUUUUCCUUUCUAUUACCUGUUGGCUAACUUGGCUGCCGCAGAUUUCUUUGCUGGAAUUGCCUAUGUAUUCCUGAUGUUUAACACUGGACCCGUUUCAAAAACUUUGACUGUCAACCGCUGGUUUCUCCGCCAGGGGCUUUUGGACACAAGUUUAACUGCCUCCCUGACCAAUUUGCUGGUUAUUGCCGUGGAGAGGCACAUGUCAAUCAUGAGGAUGCGGGUCCACAGCAAUCUGACCAAAAAGAGGGUGACGCUGCUCAUUUUGCUCAUCUGGGCCAUCGCCAUAUUUAUGGGGGCGGUUCCUACACUAGGCUGGAAUUGCCUUUGCGACAUCUCUACCUGCUCUUCCCUGGCCCCCAUUUAUAGCAGGAGUUACCUUAUUUUCUGGACUGUGUCCAACCUCGUAGCAUUCUUCAUCAUGGUUGUAGUGUACCUGCGGAUCUACAUGUACGUCAAGAGGAAAACCAAUGUCUUGUCUCCACAUACAAGUGGGUCCAUCAGCCGCCGGAGGACACCCAUGAAGCUCAUGAAGACAGUGAUGACUGUCUUAGGGGCAUUCGUCGUGUGCUGGACGCCGGGCCUGGUGGUCCUGCUGCUCGAUGGCCUGAACUGCACGCAGUGCGGCGUGCAACACGUUAAGAGGUGGUUCCUGCUGCUGGCGCUGCUCAACUCCGUCAUGAACCCCGUCAUCUACUCGUACAAGGACGAGGACAUGUACAGCACCAUGAAGAAGAUGAUCUGCUGUUUCUCUCAGGAGAAGAGCCCUGCGAGGCGUCUCUCCCAUAUUCCAUCUGGGGUCCUCAGCAGGAGCAACACGGGCAGCCAGAAUAUGGAAGAUAGUAUUAGCCAAGGCACCAUCUGCAAUAAGGACAGCUCCUAAGCCGUGGACACCCCUCUGCCCACCGAGGCCUCCUCUGGGGAAAGAGCUGUUAAGAAUGGUUACCUGUCUCUAACAAACCCCAUAUACAGUGUUGUUUGAGGUCUGAAUCAUUACUAGAUUUAAAAUAUAUAUAUAUAUAUGUAUAUACAGUUUAAAAGCAUAGGCUGUAAAGAGGACACAGUGCGUUUAGAGAAAAUGUAGAGAAAGGGGGCGACAGCAGAGUGGAUUCCUGCCUGUUGGCCUAUAAACCACUCAGGGCAUCCACUGGCCCCGCAGUGUAUUCUGGGCCCUGCUGUGCUCUUGUGGCCAUUCUCUUGUGUCUCAAAAGGAUGCUGUUAAAGGGCUUAGGCCAAAAUAAAUAAUACUGUUCCUUGAGCCACUUUAUGUAGCUGCUUGUAAAGCUUAUGUAGUUCUUUCUGCAUGCAUUUAAAAAUUUUAAAAAUGCUUCGGCAAUAUUUUUUCAUCAACGAAACUAUGGCCAGUAGCUAGAUAUUCAAUAGGAAUGAAGAAUAACAGAGGAAUAAAGGCUGUAGAUUAAACCUGAUUCUUAAGUGAAAGGACAUUCUGAGUAGCAAAGACUUACUUAAAAAUAAUAAUAAAAAAGUUAAAUGUCAGAAAUCUUUUUUGAACAAAAAAAGGCCUUGAUGUGAUCCUCUGAGUGUGUUUGUAUAUAUGCAC